CCCCAUCCUCACGCACCCCAGCCAAUGCUCUCGUGUCGCAUCGACCAGCUGCAGCAGCAGCAGCAGCAGCAGGCGGCUCGUCUCGUCCAUCAGCUAGCUCGUUUUAAAGACAUCUUUGACGGCAACCUGAGCCCGCCGAUACUGCAGUGUGUCGUAGAGCACCUUCCUGAGAUACCUGUUUGUUUAUCGACACAGACAGACACAUCUCGCUCGUUGGGUGAUGCCAUCCAUGAUGGGUAUCGUGUGUGCCUGUCCGUCAGUCACAUUUCUCUUACUGACUUGAGUCGUUUGUAGGCGUCCCUGGACUGCAGGAGCAGCUGCCGCCGCGCCGCGGGCAUGUUGGUGAAGAGAGCCAGCACGCCCCACGAGAAAUAUGACGCAUCAUCCGAGUCGUACCCCAGCACGUCAAACUUUACUUUUUCCUUGUCUGGGUAGAGCUUCGACACUUGUGCCACCACCUCUUGGAGCUCAUUCCACACCUCAUCCUUGAUCUCCUGCAGCGCCGACGGGUCACCUGGGUGGGUGCACACCACACCACAUUCAACCAGCCAACCAAUCAGCACAAACACCACACGAGCUGCCCUGCCCCCGCACACGCCGACACGCCCACACGCAGGCAGACUCUCCUCACCGUUGUGGGGGUUGUCUGUUACAUUUCUCCUGACGGCAGCGAUCACGUAGGGCGGCCCGUCGUCGAUGCCGGGCUGGGGGUUGACCGGCGGCUGGACGAUCUCGAACCUGUCCUUGGCCUGCACCCAUAUCUUGGUCCUGCCGUCAUCCUGCUCCUCCUUCUUCGUGAUCUCCACUAUUGUGCCGUAGCGGGCGUACUUCGGCACCACAGCUAGACCCGCAGUCUGAUCGAGGGAGGCACAGAGGGAGGGAGGCCAUUCACUGGAUGGCUGUGUGAGCGUCUACCUGUGUGUGUGCGUGUGCGUGUGUGUGUGUGUGUGUGUGAGUGUGUGUGCAUGGCACCAUGAUCUGGUCGAUCAUGACGAGCCCGAAGGUCUUGUUGCCAGCGGCUUCAAGGUCGCUCAGCAGCUGUCGAUACCUGGGCUCCUCGACCACAAUCUCCCUCGUCGUGAAGUAGGGAAUGGUUACAAGGUUGACGGCCGGCCAAACCGGUACCCUCUCGACGUCCCCCGUGGGCUCAGACACCACAUCUCCCAGGAAUGCAGGCUCCGGUGAGUGCAGGAGCUUCUCGCCCUUGUAGGGGUCCUCGUACGGCGAGGGCGGCCUGUCAGGAUCCUCGCUCUUUGGCGCAGGCUGCAUAUAUAUUGGCCAACACACACACACAUGCAGAGACGAGAAUGCUCCUCUCUGUGAUGGAUGAGUGGCGCUGGCUGGUGGGCCUCACUCUGUAGAAGAACCCCUUGUAGAGCACAGUGGUAGGCCUGUCCUCCCCUCGCCUCCUCGGCGCGUGCUGCUGGCCUCGUGAAAUGAACCCAUGCCGGCGGAGCGAUGAUAGAGCCUGAAACGCUGACGAGCGGCAGAUGACGCUCAGCAGGAGCACGAGGGGCAAACACAAAGGGGAAAGCUGCAUUGUCAUAG